UUAGCUGUGAGGAGGAUCCUAGGAGGCUGCAAGAUGGCUGGGUGAGUGGGCAAAUGCAUGGCAGAUGCAGUAUAAUGUGGAUAAAUGUGAGGUUAUCCAUUUUGGUGGCAAAAACGUGAAAGCAGACUAUUAUCUAAAUGGUGGCCGAUUGGGAAAGGGGGAGAUGCAGCGAGACCUGGGUGUCAUGCUACACCAGUCAUUGAAGGUAGGCAUGCAGGUGCAGCAGGCAGUGAAGAAAGCGAAUGGUAUGUUAGCAUUCAUAGCAAAUGGAUUUGAGUAUUAGAGCAGGGAGGUUCUACUGCAGUUGUACAGGGUCUUGGUGAGACCACACCUGAAGUAUUGCGUACAGUUUUGGUCUUCUAAUCUGAGGAAGGACAUUCUUGCCAUAGAGGGAGUGCAGAGAAGGUUCACCAGACUGAUUCCUGGGAUGUCAGGACUUUCAUAUGAAGAAAGACUGGAUAGUACUUUAGAAGACUCGCUAGAAUUUAGAAGAUUGAGAGGGGAUCUUAUAGAAACGUACAAAAUUCUUAAGGGGUUGGACAGGCUAGAUGCAGGAAGAUUGUUCCCGAUGUUGGGGAAGUCCAGAACAAGGGGUCACAGUUUAAGGAUAAAGGGGAAAUCUUUUAGGACUGAGAUGAGAAAAAACAUUUUUCACACAGAGAGUGGUGAAUCUCUGGAAUUCUCUGCCACAGAAGGUAGUUGAGGCCAGUUCAUUGGCUAUAUUUAAGAGGGAGUUAGAUGUGGCCCUUGUGGCUAAAGGGAUCAGGGGGUAUGGAGAGAAGGCAGGUUCAGGAUACUGAGUUGGAUGAUCAGCCAUGAUCAUAUUGAAUGGCGGUGCAGGCUCGAAGGGCUGAAUGGCCUACUCCUGCACCUAUUUUCUAUGUUUCUAUAUUGAUAAUAUUCAUACCCAGCCAGGCUACAUAAAAAGUGCAGUUAAAAUCGUGGUCAUAAUUAUUUGAUUCCAGAUAGGGAUACAUGGCAGAUAUUGUCCAGGAGUUUUAUCCUUAAACUAAUACUUCUGAAGCUGAACACUAUUGGAAUUAUCAGUGUCAAGAAAGAGCCGGAGUGACACAGUGGUGCAGCGGGUAGAGCCGCUGCCUCAUAGCUCCAGAGACCCGGGUUCAAUCCUGACCUCUGCGUGGAGUUUGCACCUUCUCCCUGUGAUUGCAUGGGUUUCCACCCACAUCCUGAAGACGUGCAGGUUUGUAGGUUAAUUGGCUUUUAGUAAAUUGUCCCCUAGUGUGUAGGGAGUGGUUGCAAAAGUGGGAUAACAUAGAACUAGUAUGAAUGGGUGAUCAAUGGUUGUCGUGGACCGAAGGGCCGGUUUCCAUGCUGAAUCUUUCAUAAUCAUUGCUGGCUGUUAAAGAUUAUGGAUUUGCUAGAACUGCCAUGAGAUGGAGGGAAGAAAUGUGGAUGGUUAAACACUCUGAAGAGAGUCACUCAUCUUCCCAUAAUUUGGUUCGUAAAGAUUGGAAAGUGUUGAGAACUGUAACGUCUAGCGAAUUGUUGGGUGGAGCGGUUUUGGAAGUAAGCACUUGGAGAAUGCUAUAAAUGGCUGAAAUUCAAGAAAUAUAGUAUCGUUACCAGAAACAUGAACCCUUUCUAUAUCGGGCUAGUGAUGAAUAAAUUCACCAUGCUUUAAUUUCCAAACGCUGUGACGUUUUCUUGACUAAGUCAUACAUUGUUCAGCAUGCUCAUCAUGUGCACUAUUAUGACCAAUUGUGUGUUUAUGACAAACCAUAACCCACCAGAAUGGACCAAGAAUGUAGAGUAUACCUUUACUGGUAUAUACACAUUUGAAUCACUUAUAAAAAUCCUUGCAAGGGGCUUCUGUAUCGAUCACUUCACAUUUCUCCGAGAUCCAUGGAAUUGGUUAGAUUUCAGUGUCAUUGUCAUGGCGUAUGUAACAGAAUUUGUAAACCUAGGCAAUGUUUCAGCUCUUCGAACUUUCAGAGUAUUGAGAGCUUUGAAAACUAUUUCUGUAAUCCCAGGUCUCAAGACCAUUGUGGGUGCCCUGAUUCAAUCAGUGAAGAAACUGGCUGAUGUGAUGAUUCUGACUGUGUUUUGCUUGAGCGUAUUUGCACUAAUAGGACUACAGCUGUUCAUGGGAAACUUGAAACACAAAUGUGUAAAGUGGCCGCCACUAGACUUUGAUUUCAAUGCAAAAAACAGCUCGUCGGGCCUGAAUGGCACCAUGACCAAUGAGACCCAGAACACAUUUGACUUUGGGAGAUACAUCUUAGAUAAAGAUAAUUAUUAUACCUUGAAUGGAUCCAAAGAUGCAUUGCUUUGUGGCAAUGGCUCAGAUGCCGGUCAAUGUCCCGAGGGUUAUAUAUGCAUGAAAGCUGGAAGGAACCCUAACUACGAUUAUACAAGUUUUGACACAUUUGGCUGGGCAUUCUUAUCGUUGUUUCGACUAAUGACACAGGACUUUUGGGAAAACCUUUACCAGCAGACCUUGCGGGCCGCUGGAAAAACCUACAUGAUCUUUUUUGUGUUGGUCAUUUUCCUGGGAUCGUUUUACUUGGUCAACUUGAUCCUGGCUGUGGUGGCCAUGGCGUACGAUGAACAGAAUCAGGCCACGCUCGAGGAGGCAGAACAAAAAGAAGCAGAAUUUCAGCGAAUGCUUGAACAACUGAGAAGACAUCAGGAGGAUGCCCAGGCUGCAGCGGCUCUGGCAGCUGAGGUAGAGGAGGGAAGCGAGAGGGUUGGAAUGUGUGAAAUGUCAUACAGUUCCUCUGAGGCAUCGAAGCUCAGUUCAAAGAGCGCCAAGGAGCGGAGAAACAGAAGGAAGAAGCGGAGACAAGGAGGCGAGGAGAAAGAUGAUGAGAAGAUGCACAAAUCGGAAUCAGAAGACAGCGGCAGAAAGGGAAACGGAUUUCGGUUUUCCAUUGAUCGGAACGGCCUUUCGUAUGAAAACAAAAACUCCUCCCCACAUCAGUCGCUGCUCAGUGUCCGCGGCUCCAUCUUCUCUCCCCGACGGAACAGCAGGAGCAGCAUCUUCAGCUUCAAGGCCCGGACGAAGGACGUAGGCUCGGAGAACGAUUUUGCCGACGACGAGCACAGCACGUUCGAGGACAACGAUAGUCGCCGGGGCUCGCUCUUCAUCCCCCGCAUGCAGGGUGAGCGGCGCAGCAGUAAUGUCAGUCAGGGCAGUCGCUGCUCCAGGAUCCUGCCUGUCCUUCCCGUCAAUGGGAAGAAACACAGCUCGGUGGACUGUAACGGAGUGGUCUCACUGGCCGGUGGACUCUCGACACCAACCUCGCCCAUCGGAUGCCUACUGCCAGAGGGCACCCACACAGAUGCAGAUCAUAAGAAGAGAAGGAUUAGAUCUAAUCAACAUUCCAUGGAUUUUCUGGAUGAACCCACUCCAAGGCAGAGAGCUUUAAGUGUGGCCAGCAUUCUCACAAAUACUAUGGAAGAACUGGAAGAAUCGCGACAGAAAUGUCCGCCCUGUUUGUACAAGUUUGCAAACGACUACUUGAUCUGGGACUGCCAUCCGCAUUGGCUGAAAGUGAAGGAGAUUGUCCACUUGAUUGUGAUGGACCCCUUUGUGGAUCUGGCCAUCACUAUCUGCAUCGUGCUCAACACCCUGUUCAUGGCGAUGGAACAUUACCCCAUGACCAAGAACUUUGAAAAUGUGCUUUCCAAUGGCAACUUGGUAUUUACUGGAAUCUUCACUGGCGAAAUGAUUUUCAAAAUCGUUGCCUUGGAUCCUUAUUACUACUUUCAAGAAGGAUGGAAUAUUUUUGACAGCAUUAUUGUGAGCCUUAGCCUCAUGGAACUGGGUCUUGCAAAUGUGGAAGGAUUAUCUGUGUUGCGAUCUUUCCGCUUGCUCAGAGUUUUUAAACUGGCCAAGUCUUGGCCGACACUGAACAUGUUGAUUAAGAUCAUUGGCAACUCAGUUGGCGCUCUGGGCAACUUGACCUUGGUGUUGGCCAUCAUAGUCUUCAUCUUCGCCGUGGUCGGCAUGCAGCUCUUUGGUAAAAGCUACAAGGAGCAUGUCUGUAAAAUCGAGGGACGCGGCAAACUACCGCGCUGGCACAUGAAUGACUUUUUUCAUUCCUUUCUGAUUGUGUUCCGAGUCUUGUGCGGAGAAUGGAUUGAGACAAUGUGGGACUGUAUGGAGGUCGCCGGACAGUCAAUGUGUCUCAUUGUCUUCAUGAUGGUCAUGGUCAUUGGUAACCUCGUGUUAUUGAAUCUAUUUUUGGCCUUGCUAUUGAGCUCGUUCAGUGCCGAUAAUUUAGCGGCUUCUGAUGAUGACAAUGAGAUGAAUAACUUGCAGAUUGCCGUGGGCAGGAUACAGAGGGGCGCGGACUACAUGAAGCGAAACGUGCAGCAAUUAUUUCAGAGAGUCUUCGUCAAGACUAAAGUGACAGAAGAUAUCAAACCUCUCGAUGAAUUGCAGAAAAAGAAAGAUAUCUACAUCUCUGACCACACGGCCGUUGAACUGAGCAAAGAAGUGGACUAUCAUAAAGAUGGGAAUUGCACUACCAGUGGGAUUGGCAGUAGUAUGGGCAAAUACAAUGUUGAUGAAUGUGACAACAUGUCCUUCAUUCACAAUCCAAGUCUGACUGUCACCGUGCCAAUAGCUGUGGGGGAAUCAGACUUUGAAAAUCUAAACACAGAAGACUUUACCAGUGAAUCGGACAUGGAAGGAAGCAAAGAGAAGUUACCUGAUAGCAGCUCAUCGGAAGGAAGCACGGUUGACAUCAGUCCACCUGGGGAGGGAGAGCAGCCAGAGGAAACGCCGGAGGAAUCUACCGAUCCUGAAGCUUGCUUCACAGAAGGGUGUGUAAGAAAAUUCCCAUUAUGCUAUGUCAACAUAGACGAGGGCUAUGGCAAGUCUUGGUGGAACCUCCGAAAGACUUGCUUCAAAAUAGUGGAACACAAUUGGUUUGAGACAUUCAUUAUCUUCAUGAUUCUUCUGAGCAGCGGGGCAUUGGCUUUUGAAGAUAUUUAUGUCGAACAGCGGAAAAACAUCAAAUCAAUGCUUGAAUAUGCAGAUAAAAUCUUCACCUAUAUUUUCAUUCUGGAAAUGUUGUUGAAGUGGGUGGCGUAUGGCUUUGUGAAGUAUUUCACAAAUGCAUGGUGUUGGCUGGAUUUCCUCAUUGUUGAUGUGUCUUUAGUGAGCCUCGUAGCCAAUGCCUUGGGGUAUUCGGAACUUGGGCCCAUUAAGUCCCUCAGAACGCUAAGAGCCUUGAGGCCUUUGAGAGCACUGUCACGCUUUGAAGGCAUGAGGGUGGUUGUCAAUGCUCUCCUUGGUGCCAUCCCUUCCAUCAUGAACGUGCUGCUGGUUUGCCUGAUAUUCUGGCUUAUCUUCAGUAUCAUGGGCGUGAAUCUGUUUGCUGGAAAAUAUUAUCGUUGUAUCAACGUGACGGACGGGACUCUAUUCCCCAUUGAUGUCGUUGACAACAUGACGGAAUGCCUUCAACUUAAAGAGAGCGCUCGGUGGAAAAACUUAAAAAUCAACUUUGACAACGUUGGACUCGGCUACCUUGCUUUACUGCAAGUGGCAACAUUUAAAGGCUGGAUGGAUAUCAUGUAUGCUGCUAUUGAUUCAAGAAAAGUGAAACAGCAACCGGACUAUGAAUGCAACCUGUACAUGUAUUUUUACUUUGUUAUUUUCAUCAUUUUUGGAUCUUUCUUCACCUUGAAUCUGUUCAUCGGUGUCAUUAUUGACAACUUCAAUCAACAGAAGAAAAAGUUUGGAGGUCAAGAUAUUUUUAUGACUGAAGAACAGAAGAAAUACUACAAUGCAAUGAAAAAGCUGGGCUCCAAGAAACCACAGAAACCUAUACCAAGACCAUUGAACAAGAUCCAAGGCACGGUGUUUGAUCUGGUAACCCAACAAGUCUUUGAUAUCAGCAUCAUGAUUCUCAUCUGCCUGAACAUGGUCACCAUGAUGGUAGAAACUGAUGACCAGAGCAAAGAGAUGAGCAACAUCUUGUAUUGGAUCAACUUGGUCUUCAUUGUUCUCUUCACAUGUGAAUGUGUGCUUAAACUGAUCGCCCUUCGAUAUUAUUACUUUACAAUAGGCUGGAAUACUUUUGACUUUGUAGUCGUUAUUCUUUCCAUUGUAGGCAUGUUCUUAGCAAAAAUCAUUGAAAAGUACUUUGUGUCACCGACGUUGUUCCGAGUGAUCCGACUGGCCAGAAUUGGUCGUAUCUUGCGCUUGAUCAAGGGGGCCAAGGGAAUCCGAACACUGCUGUUUGCGUUGAUGAUGUCCCUGCCUGCCUUGUUCAACAUCGGUCUGUUACUUUUCUUGGUCAUGUUCAUUUACGCCAUAUUUGGGAUGUCUAAUUUUGCCUACGUGAAGCAUGAAUCUGGCAUUGACGACAUGUUCAACUUUGAGACCUUUGGAAACAGCAUGAUCUGCCUGUUUCAGAUCACUACAUCCGCUGGUUGGGAUGGAUUAAUGGCUCCGAUUCUCAACAGUGUAUCACCAGAUUGUGACCCAAAGAAAGAAAACCCAGGCAGCCCGAUUAUGGGAGACUGCGGCAAUCCCCCUGUCGCAAUCUUAUUCUUUGUUAGUUACAUCAUAAUCUCGUUCUUGAUUGUCAUAAAUAUGUACAUUGCAAUUAUCCUGGAGAAUUUCAGUGUUGCGACAGAGGAGAGUGCCGAACCACUCGGCGAAGAUGACUUUGAGAUGUUUUAUGAAGUUUGGGAGAAGUUUGACUCGGACGCAACUCAAUUUAUGGAGUACGGGCGAUUGCACGACUUUGCAGAUGCCCUGGAGCCACCUCUCCGUGUGGCAAAGCCCAACAACAUACAACUCAUAGCUAUGGACCUGCCCAUGGUUAGCGGAGAUAGAAUUCACUGCCUGGAUAUCUUGUUUGCAUUCACAAAGCGUGUGCUGGGUGAGAGCGGAGAGAUGGAUGUUCUACGACAGCAGAUGGAAGAGCGCUUCAUGGCAUCUAAUCCCUCCAAGAUAUCCUAUGAGCCGAUUACCACCACUCUGCGACGUAAGCAGGAACAUAUGUCUGCGACUAUAAUUCAGAGAGCUUUCAGGCGGUAUCUGAUUCGGCGAACAUUGAAACGGGCAUCCUUCAUGUUCAAAGAGAAAGGUAAAGCAAGUGAGCUCUUACCCGGCAAAGAAGAGAUGGUGAUAGACAAAUUUAAUGAAAUCUCCACUACAGACAAAACUGACAUGACACCUUCCACCACAUCACCACCAUCCUACGACAGUGUAACAAAGCCAGAGAGGACCAGAGAUGACAAAGAGAAAGAAGACAGAGGCAAAGAUGUAAGGGAGUAUAAAAAGUAAAUGCAGACACGUCAAACAAAAAGGAUCCACUUGUAUGACAUUGUUUACAACCUUUUAAAUGUGACCCUACUGUAUCAACAGACUCCAUUGGAGAUCUAUGCCAAACAAAUGAUUAGUAUAUCAUGAGGUGUCUGACCCUCACCAGGAAACUGGAACUCUGUAAAGCGGAGGUCAGCAAGUGGGAACAGAAGCUUACGGUUCCAACUUCCUGUUGACACCGCGGAUGAGAAAAGUCAAAACAGAAAUGAGACAAAGGGACCAGAAGAUUUUACAUAUUUGUGUGUCAUUUAUUGUGCAAACGGUAGUAUGUUUUAUCUGUAUAUUUUGCAUUCCAGUUGCCACAGUUCCACACAGUUUAUACCUGGCCCACAACAAUUCACACAUUAUUUUAUAAUUCAUAAGUUAUAUAUUAUAUGUGACUAUUUUUCUAAGUGGAGCGGGAGGGCCUUUAUGUUCUUGGGAAAAGAUUUCGAGCACUACUUUUAAGGUAAGCAGAUCACACCAAACGUUUUGGAGAACGUGUUUAACGUGGACAAAAGCUGUAGUGCAUGGUGGCAUGCUGCACUCUCAUCCAUUGUGCAUGAGGAACCAUUACCCCACAGAUCAAACAAGAUAUUUUUUAUCGAUUUAGUGUUUCAGGGUGGUCCUGAUGUCUAAGGUGCUUUAAUAAAUGUGUUGUGUUAUAUUUGGACAGUUCUGAUAUGUGCCUGCUAGUUAUUUAUGACCCGAAACUGAGAGUUGAUGGGUAUUUUUAUGUGGCACAUUUACAAACGACUCUCAGCGGCUGCAAUUUCAGUGUAUGUUCUAAAGUCAAGAUUACUAUUUCUUUCUUUUAUACUGCCAUUGGAUGGAUAGAAACAAGAACACAGAGAAAGGGUCUACCCAACAAAACUGAAUUGACCAAAACUGAACUUUACAAAAACUGCUCUGCUCUAUUGUUUCAGUAUUGUUUCACGAUUGUCAACUCACAAUGAGAUUGACGUUGCACAAGAUGAGUAAAACCCUUUUGUUGUGUAAAUAAUUACUCCACACUGCGGUGCAUAUUUGAACAAGUGAUUAUCUUGGCACGACUGUCACGGUGUCAAAUAUGCUCCACUUUAAGUCUAGUUAGCAAGCUUUUUGCCAGCUGUAUUCCGUACCAUUAUACAUAGUUUGAAUACUGUCCCUGGUGCAUGUUUAUAUAGCAAUGCUGCUGUACACUGUCCUUCCACUGCCCCAUGAGAAGACAUACGCCAGUGCUCACACCUCCUAGUUUGCAGUAAACCAAGAAGAUUUAUUUUGGGUUUCUAGAUUCAAAUGCAUUCUGUAUGCUGUAUGACCAGAUUCCAUUGCAUAUUGCUUGAAAUGCUCAUACUAAGUGGUUGACUUUUCUAAAGAAAAUAUAAAUAUUGUAAAAAUUCAUUUUAUUUUACUUUUCAGCGUUUGUACAUAUAAAAUGUUAAUGAGAAUGAUUUCAGGUCAGAACUACAGACACUUUUUUUUACAUUGAUCCAUAGCACUUUUUCAUCAAUAAACUUCUUCCCAAAAGAGAGGGCAGAAAUUUUUAGUUUACUUUUUAAUAUGAAUGCACACAUUUUCAGUCUAACAACAAUUAAUUUGUGCUAAGUUUGGACCACGAUUCACUUCUUCCUGCAAAGUGAUAUCCAGCGAUGAAUUGAGAGUUAAACAUUAUCCAGAGAUAAAGCACUGCCUAUAUUGAAGGGGUCAGGGAGAGAAGCCUUGAACCUUUGAGGUGUCCACUUGGACACAUUUUGUCUUGUGAAAUAAUUCAUGCUGCACUAGAAUGGUUUGAAAAUUAAAAUGGGUCCACGGUUUUCUUUCACAAGAACAAAGUUGAUAUUCUUUAAUCACACCCAGGUUUUUUUUGUGUUUACUUACACAAAAAGAAAUUAAAUGUAAACUCCUUAUAUUAAGCCUAUUGACUUGUAGUGUAUUAGUGAGCUGCAUGCAGGAUAAUGCUAAUAUUACCGUAAAUAAAUGGUAAGACUACAUUACAGAAACAAGCUAACAGAAUAAAUAAAUUUUUUUAUUGUACGUAAUGACCGACUCUGUGUGGAUUUUUUUUUAAUGUCCGGUUGAUCUUGAUUGAAUUUUGCUUUGGGUAUUUCUGCUCCUGAUAAUGUCUACCAUGUAUGACAUUGGAACAGAUUACACUGGAAGCACCCUGUGGCUGAUACUUGCCACACAAAGUGCCCACAACUAAAGCUAAAUAAGGGGAACAGCUGACCUAUGUACCCAUGAACUGAAGUUUGUGUUUGUGGUGACCAGGGCUCAUAUAGUAAACACUCUGGCCCUGCCUUUGGCAUAAUCAUGACAGCCUUUAUCAGUUCCUCCAGCACUUUGUAUUCUCCUCAGGAUUCCAGUGGCUGCAGUUCCCUGUAUCUAUGCUCAUUCCCCCAAGUUAGAUGUUCCAGCAUCACAACUCUAUCUUCUCCAAGUUUUGUACUUCAUCGCAAAGUUCAGAGACAAGUAUCCCUGUAAAGUUUAGUUUAGUUUAAAGAUACAGCAUUGAAACCGGUUCUUUGGCCCAACGAUCGCCCCCACACACUAGUUCUAUCAUACACGCUAGGAACAAUUUAUAGAAGCCAAUUAACCUACAAACCCGCACUUCUUUGAAAUGUGGGAGGAAGCUGGAGCGUCCGGAGAAAACACACGCGGUCACAGGGAGAAGAUACAAACUCCACACAGACAGCACAGACACGUAGUCAGGAUCGAACCUGACUCUCUGGCGCAGUGAGGCGCCGCUCUAAAAUGAAGACCCGAUGGCGGUUUUAAAUAGAACAGCCUGCAUGAUCUGACACAUAACCCAAUUGCUUUCAAGUCCAACACCAUAAUAAGAUUAAAUUUGAUAAGCAGGGCAGUAAUGCGGUCAGAUUCCUUUGGAAUAAGAGUAAAUAGUCUUUACACAUUAUUAUUAAGGUGAUAGUUAUCAGCAUCAAUAUAGAUUUUGAAGCUUUCUAGCCCAAUUCAAAUGUUAUGUGGAUGUAUAUAAAAUAAUAAGAGACAUAGGUAGGGUAGAGAGAACCUUUUUCCCCAGGGCAGAAAUGUCAAAGAUUAGGGGACAUAGUUUUAAGGUCAGCGGGACAUAAUUUAAAGGAGAUGUGCAAGUUUUUUUGCACAGAGGGUGGGUGCCUGGAACACGCUGCCAGGGAUAGUGGUGGAGGCAUAUAUGAUAGUGCCGUUUAAGAAGCUUUUAGAUAAGCUCAAGGAUAUGCUGGGAAUGGAGAGAUAUGGAUGAUGUACAGGCAGAGAUUAGUUUACAAUUUUGCACGGACAUUGUGGGUUGAAGGGCCUGCUCCUGUGCUGUACUGUUCUACUAAUGUUUUAAAUGUGAUCUUGUUCAAGGUAGAAUAUUGUAUUUGUGUCUGGGGUGAGCAUUCCUGACAUAUUCCUGCUCAUGAGAUGAACAGUUUUCAUGUUUCCUUCGAAAGUCCUUAGUUUGGUUUUGUUCUACACCACCAGAAGCUGAAUUUCCACUGAUUCCGCACUAAAGCUUCUCCUUGACGCAAGAGAACCACCAAGUGAAAAAUAUGUAUUUUACCUCGCACCAAUUGGAUAAAUCUGAUCCUGCUUUUUGUCUCAUUCACGAUAUAAAAAAUGCAGUUUUAUGCAGCAGUGCUUGCUGUCUGAAAAUACUUCCUCAUCUAUUGGUUGCUAAGAAACAGCUAUAUUAUUGCAGAAGGCUCACAACCUGAAUCGUCACCUAUCCAUGUUCUCCAGAGAUGCUGCCUGACCUGCUGAAUUACUCCUGCGCUUUGUGUCUUUUUUUGUAUAAUCAGCAUCCGCAACUCUUUGUUUCUAUAUAUUCUUGCAGCUUCUGCUUUGGUAGUCUUGUCAAGUAUAAUCUGGUAUCAUUGCAUUAACCUUUCUUCACAUCAAACCUCUCAGGUUCUCCAUUCUGUCUGUACACAAUGUUUGCUUGCAUGUAAUUCUUGUAUACAAUGAAGAGCUCUUAAUGAUGACAUAAAACGAUCAAAGUUCAAAUAUUUGAUAGCAACAUUUAAAAAUACAUAUAAAAUCUAAAACUCAAUAUUGCAAACCAAAUUCAAAACCUUUAAAUUCUAUCUGUGCAUUUUAUUAUGUUCUUUCUCAACUAAAUUUUAUUAGGGUGGCUCACUGGCGCAGCUGGUAGGGUUGCAGCCUCACAGCACCAGAGAGCUGGGUUUGAUUCUGACCUCGGGUGCUGUCUGUGUGGAGUUUGCACGUUCUUCCUGUGACCGUGUGGAUUUGCUCCAGUUUCCUUCCACACCGCAAAGACGUGCAGGCUUGUAAGUUAACUGCCCUCUGUAAUUUGGCCCUUAGUUCAUAGGGAGCAGAUAAGAAAGUGGGAUAACAUAGAAUAGGUAUGCGUCGCUGAAAAUCUGUCCCAGCCCGUGUGCGCGAUUUUGGCGCCGUUUAGAGGGGGGCGGGUUUAAAACGCGAUUUCCCCUAGGCUGUUCAAAUCGAGGAUGUUCAGCCUAGUUAAUUAUUAACAAAAAAUCGCUGGAAGAUUCCGUCGCUUUAGCUAUUAUUACUUUUAAGGGCUUUAUAUAAUUGUUAUAGUAGUUUAAAAAUUAACCUCUAAACCCCGACCGCUGGCAAUGGGUCGGGUCUCAUACAGUGGACAACAGAAGGUAGGCUGUUUAUUUUUACAUUAAAAAGGGCUUCUUAAGAUCCCUUUAUACAAAGUUUAAUGUUGCGAGUAGCUAUUUUGGGCCCAUUAUAUCCCGCAGUAUUUUUCUGGGCAUUUGAGGGCACAAAUCUACCGCAAUGUGAACGUUCUAAACCAGCGCGUUCACAGGAACCCAGUAGAAAGCUGAUUUAAAUUGAUUUUAAUUUACAGAAAUUGAACACUAAAUUCCUUCUAUUUGGCCUAUAAAUUAAUGUAAAUGAGAUUUUAAAAUC